UUUACACUACAGAAUGGGAAAGAUGCCAUCGCUCUAAAUGAUAAAUUCAAGACUCUCACUGCCAGUUCCUCUUGCAUGGAAGGGGAAGAUGCAUGUGUCACGGAGAAGUUUGCUCAAUGUGUCGGCGGUAAGUUUAUUCUCCAGGCUUGCGGAGCUGGCACCCAGUGUGCUGCCCUUCCCCUCGUAAACAGCCCCGGCACUUCUAUUACUUGUACGACUCAAGCCGAUUUGGACGCUCGCAUUGCUGCCACUGGCGCAACCGACGCUGGAAAUAACGACUCAGGCGCAUCCUCUGUUGCUACUGCUACUACCACCAAAGUUGCAACUACGACCUCAGCUCAUGCGAGUGCCACAAGCACCGCUGCCGGUGGCGGAAGCAAUGCUGGUGGAGGUUCCACUGGGAGCAGCAAUGGCAAUCCCCAGACAUCACUGACCCUACUGAACUCGGUUAUCGCCAAGGGGUUUAAGUCCGACGGUCAGGAAACACCAGCGGCAGGCCAGUCUGCUUCCUUGACAUCGACGAACAAUUUCAUCAAUUUUUGUGCGACUGUCAAAAAACCCAUCACAAACGGUCAACAGAUUAAGAAUGGAAGUUGCAAUCCGGCUCCGAUGGGCGUCAUUGCCGCGAGCACAAACAUGCCCUCCUCGAAGUUUAUCAACCCCAAGAAUACACAGACCAUCAAGGCCAACACCAACUUCACUAUACAGAUGGCUCUCAAUAAUCUACAGGCUGGGACGUUCGUAAAUGCACAAGCGAACUACUACUCUGCACCGCAGCAGGUGAAUGCGCGGGGUAAUAUCAUCGGACAUACACAUAUCGUCAUCCAGAAGCUUGUCUCGAUAGAUCAAACCACGCCUCUUGACCCCAGUGUGUUCGCUUUCUUCAAAGGUGUCAACUCCCCCCAGAAGAAUGGGGUCGUCUCCGCUGUUGUUGACAAUGGCCUGCCUGCCGGUGUCUAUCGUCUCGCUUCGAUUAACUCUGCUGCGAACCAUCAACCUGUCCUGGUUGCCAUUGCGCAGCAUGGUUCUUUGGACGAUAUGGUAUAU